GAUUGUUUGCUCCUUCCUCCUUGUGUACAUGAUCGUUUUCGCAUGCUCUUAUCAUCCACGGUGGGGCAAAAUUUUGGUUCCAACAGCUUUCAAGGGGAACAUCUACCGCCCCAGCCUCGGCCGCACCAAGUAGUCAGACGUUUCCACGAGAAACCUUUUUAUCUCAACUUAAUCAGAACCGUUCAUAUUUGAUCCAACGGUGUCGAAACGCUGCGCAUAUAUUGUGUUGCGCACUUGAGAUUUGGCCAGAACAGGAUAACUUGACCCCAUCGUCUUCAUCCACACACAAAGCUCAUCACUCCCACAACUCAGACACAGUCAUGGCGCAAACACUGGCAAUGCCUCUGGCACCCUCCCUCUAUGUAAUCUGCAAUGGAAGAAACUCUAAUCCCCUCUCCAACGGCCUCUCCUUCCCAAUCAGACCCCCCAAUCAGGUUGGUGGCUUGAGCAUCAAAUGCGUGCGUGUUGGCGGAGUUGAAAUCCCCAACAACAAAAGGGUCGAGUACUCUCUUCAGUACGUUCAUGGAAUUGGGCGUACUAGGGCACGAACAAUCCUAAUCGACCUCAACAUGGAGAACAAAAUCACCAAAGAUUUGUCGGAAGAAGAGCUCACCAUUAUCCGAGAUGAAGUCUCCAAGUACAUGAUUGAAGGGGAUUUGAGGAGGUUCAAUGCCUUGAAUAUAAGGAGACUCAAGGAGAUUCAGUGCUACAGAGGCAUACGCCACAGCCAGGGAUUGCCUUGCAGAGGACAGCGCACCAAGAACAACACUAGGACCCUGAAGGGUAAGAGGGUCACUGUUGCUGGAAAGAAAAAGGCCCGUUAAGUAAUUGAAUGGGUUUUCGACUCUUUUUGUAAUUGGUAAUGAAUUCCUUUGUCUGGUUUUGUGUUUUAGUAUUAACUACAAUUGUUCUGAUCGCUUUUGCUUCGUUGAGCUGUGCCCUCACCUUUGGAAAUGUAGUUGGGAUCAUCAAUGUAUAAGGUCGUACCCAGUGCACAAGGCUCCCGCUUUACACAGGGUCUGGGAGAGGUGAAUGUCGGUGUACCUGUUUGAUCACAGUUUUAUUCAUAGGAUUGUCAAAUGUUGAGAAGGAAAUGUUGUCUAAUCACUUGGUCACACUGCAGUAGAUUCUUGACUACUUGGAAUGCUAUGAAAUUUAAUCAGAAGUGAUGAACUUGCUGAAAUUGUUUACAAAAUCUACAAGGCCUAGUUUCUCAAAUCAUCAAAAUCCUUGUCGUUCGGUUUGAUCAUCUUAUUCAUUUGUCUUUUCACUAGCAUGCUUCACUGUUUCUUCCUGCUUGUGCCGGAAUUUGUACUCCAUGCUUUGUCAUGUAUGAUGGGUUUGAAGUGUUCAGCACGUAUUUAAUCGCUCACA